UUAUAAUUAGGUUGAGAACCUAUGACAACAAAUUUAAUGAUUUUUAUACAUUCUCUUUUUACAAAACUAUUCUGUUGGUUUAAAUCUCAUAAUAUACCAACUACAACAAAAUCAACAAUUGAGUUCAAAGCUGUACUCAGCUUUAGCGGACCCUGGGAAUACUAAAUCAUCCGGGCCCCUUUUAUUUUAUUUUUUUUUUUGUAGGCCCAGGCUCCUUAAAAAUAGGUGUAGGCCGGGCCCCGGUCAUAUGACCUAAAAAAAACCGGUCUGAAUACGGCCCUGAUUGAGUUUAUAUAUUAAAAACGAGAACUUUGUUAAUAAUAAAAUAGGACACAAAUAUAAUAUAAAACUAUUGAGAUUUGAGGAAAUAUUUUCAGGAAACGCGAGUUCAAUUUUAGAAUUUUCAACUUGAGCUAAACAGCUUCGAUUUCCAAUACUGUUUUAGCAAUUACAUGUUUGUUUUUGUGGGUAUAUUUAAGAAUCUUCGAUUGAAUUGAAAAAUGAAUGCAACUCGUGUUGGAUUUCAAAGCAUAAGAAGCUCUUGGUGUGUUACAUCUUUAAUGACUAAUGUUUAUUCACCAUCAUAAGCGCAUAUCCCAAAUUUGUUCAGCACCCCCAAAAAUAUGUUCUAUUUUUUUUUUCUACAUAUUGGCUUAACACAAAAGAUUUAUGGUGAGAAGAUACUGACUUUUGGUUUAGAUGAAUCUGUCGUAGCUUCUAAGUUCUUACAAUCACGUUCAGUAUAUUCUAUUGUCAGUCGACUCAAGCAUCGAGAUAUAGGUACACUAGGUCACGUGGUUGUUAAUGAAGAGUCAAAAAUUAUUUUAAAUUUAUCGAAAAAUUGCCUAUACUUUACUCCUUAGAAAUGGGUGGUGGAGCCUUAAAUUUAAGAUGUAUUUUACCGUAUUUCAUCAUCUAUCAUCCCUUAGAUACUAUAUAUCAACCUAUGGUACAAGUGCACCGAUUUCGUUGUUUUUUAUGGGAUAGGUAUCGUAGCUAUUAUAACUUUCAAAUGGCCCUUAUUCUGACUCCCAUAUGAUGGCGCAUCAAAGACGACACAACAUACACACUUUCAUAAUUAUAAUAUGUAAGUAUAAAUUAUAAUUGGGAGUUUAGAUCAUUGUUUCAGGAUCUAAAAUGUUAAAAUUGAACAUAAAUAUAAGAAAAUUUGACUGGGUUUACUUUAAAUCAACACAAAAUUAUAGUCUAUAGACAGUAUAGGUACUCGUAGUUGUUUAAAAUAUUGAUUGUGUUUAGCAACCAUUCCUAGUAUAUUUUAAUAAAUAUUUAAAAGAAGUAUAGCAGAUAAAUUCCUAAACUCGAGAAAAAUUAUGCUACCGUGCGGAACACAAGAAAAACUUUUACCACAGUUCAACAAAAAAUGGAAACCUGGAAAGCUGUGUAAUCGAACAAAUAUUUUGCAUCUUCAUCAACUUACUCCUAUUUCUACACUCCGACAUUCAGUUCCUGUACCAAAAUACCGACCUAUUGCAGAUGCUCUUCCAAAUUGGGGAAUUAGAGAGUUAUAUGAAAAAAUACCUCAGUAUCACGGAAAUGGUCCUAAGGGUCCAAUACAUUUUCACCGUGGUUGUUUGGGUCAAUACCCAUGGCAAACAAAACAAAAAGUAGAUUUUUUUCUUAAUGAUCCGUAUGGAAAUGAAGUAUCUUACACGUACAAUCCACUGCACGACCCACAUUUGGAACGAUGGAUUAAUAUGGCAAAUAAUAGAACAUUAUUAUACAAAAAAGGUCUUAUAACUUCUGAUUUGGAAGUUAUUUGUAGUUUAAAAGAGUACAACGAGUUCAGAAGAUUUCUAUGGCGUAUUCAUAAAGACUCCGUUAAUCGAAAGAUUAAAAUGAAGGAAAAACAAAAUCAGGAACAAAAGCAAAUCAUUUAUGCUAAUCUAAACCACGAAAAAGAUAUUGCGAAAAAAGUUGCUAAAUUAAAAGUUCUAUUAGCAAGCAAGAAUUCAAAUGAAAAUGUAAUAAACUAUAUAUUAACAUUUAAUAAUCUAAUCAAUUACGCCACAUUACACAUUAGGUACACCUAAAUAAUGAUUAUAACAAAAAAUAUAUUGCUUUCACAUGAAAAAAAAGUAAUUUUAUGUCCUCUCAUUCUCAUCAUCUUAACGCGUAAGUAGGGAAAGCGCUAGGUUAGGGCAAUUACCCCACCUUUAUGUUAUUAAAUAAAAACCCUUAAAUGCUACAAAUUUAAACAAAUAAAUGUAUUUUUAAUAAUUUUGCUCCGGAUAUCUGACGCAUACAAAAUUAAGAAAUAAAAAUAUAAUUUUUUUCUUGGAUAAUAAUUAGUUUCUUGAAACUU